AUGAUUAAUAGUAAAGUCAAGUCAGAAUUUUUGUAAAAACUAGCUUGCUGUUCAGAAUAUGCUUAUAGAGAAGAUACCAACUAUCCUAUUCGAAAUCAAAUGGAAGAUUCCCAUUAUUAUAAAGAUAAUUGUUUUGAGGAUGGCACUACUUGUCUAUUUGCAGUUUUUGAUGGUCAUGGAGGGACUGAUGUUGUAGAAUACAUUACUAAAAUUCUGCCUGAAACCUUUCUGAGGGAUUUCAAGUAAUUUAAUACUUUGAAACCGAACGAUUAUUUUGAAUUAAUAUUCAAAAAGGUGGAUGAUUAAUUAAAAUUAGUAGGGGCUGCAGAAAUAGGUGCCACCUGUUGCUUGACUUUAUUAAGAAAGGAGGAUAAUAAAAGAAAAUGUUAUAUUGCAAAUUUGGGUGAUACCAGAGCAGUUAUGAAUAUAGAUGGCAAAGCAGUCAGAAUGACUGUCGAUCACAAAGGAAUAGACCCUGAGGAAUAAGUUAGAGUUAAGCGGGAAGGAGGCACAAUUGUGAGAGGUAGAGUGAUGGGCCAAUUAGCAGUAACCAGAGCAUUUGGAGAUCUAGAUUUAAAAACUGUAGGUGUUUCUGUUAAGCCUGACUUAAAAGUGUAGGAAAUUACACCCUAGUGCAAAUAUUUAAUCAUGGCUUCUGAUGGGUUGUGGGACGUUGUUGAUGACUAGAAAGCAAUUGACUUAACUAAAGGACUUAAGAAUUCUGAUGAAAUGACAAAGGAGCUAUUGCAGUUUGCUUUGAAAAAUGGCUCAAGAGACAACAUUAGCAUCUUAAUUGUAAUGUUCUGA